AUGGUUCGUAAAAAAUCAACAUCAGCUAAAGCAAGAACACGUAAAAGAGCUUAUGAACGAAAAAAAACUGAAAAUCGUGUUAAUCGUUCAUGGCGCAAAUUACUUUUAAUUGUAACAGCUGUUAAUAAAUUUUUACGUUUGAGACGUUGUGAUAUUGCAGUUGCUUGUUCAACGUCUGAUUUAAACACUUCACAAUCAAGUAAAAUAUUUUUGAAUAAUGUUAGCUUUGUUCAGAAAGAUAUAGAAUUUACAUAUGUCAAUAAAACUGAUGCUAUGAAUCAUUUAGAAGAUUUGAAUGUUGUUCAGGCUACUGUAAAAUAUCUGAUUUCAAAAGUUUGUCGACUAGAUUAUGAACGAAAGCGACAACUGGAAAUUAGAAAGAAAACAACAGUUUUAAAAUCUACUAGGCAGUCAUCUUGGUUUCAUAAGAAAUAUUCACAGGAUAAUUUAUUUCGUAAAAGAGAAAGUGAACGUGUAACUGCAAUAUUCCAAAAAAAAUAUACGAAUAACAGUAAUUUUCGUGAGAAAGAAAAAAUUCGAUCAAGAACACAUGGUUUAGAAAAAUAUCGAAAAUAUGUUACAUUUCGUCAAGAAAAAAUACAGCGAUCGAAAACUUAUAUUUUAAAUAAAUAUCAUAAUAACAUGGAAUUUCGUAAUACACAUAAAGCUAACGUAUUGGCAAAAUACAAUUCUAAUCAAAUAACACGAUUGAGAAUAAUUUCACAGGCAUUGAAUUCUUAUAAAAAAAACUACACGCCGAUGAUGCAAAAACAAAGACGACUUUAUAAUCAAAGUAGACGUAUUUUGAAUAAGUAUAACAUUCUUCAAAGUCAUAUUUGUCUAGUUAAACAUAGAAAUUUAUACGUGAAUAACUUGAACAGAUUUCGACAAAUUAUUCGAGAAGGACCUGAUUAUGUUUGUAUAUCAUGUCGAUUAGCACUUUUUCGUAACCAGGUUGUGCCAUUUGUUGAGAAAAAGUAUAUAAAAGAAAACAUGUCAGGUGAAAUAAAAAAACGUAUUCAAUCUUACUUUAAUUAUUCAUCAUCAAGCCAAAGUAAAUGGAUCUGUAAAUUAUGUUCAGAUAAAAUAAAGAAACGGCAAAUGCCAAGUCGAACAAUUGUGAAUAAGUUGAAAGUGUGUGAUGUUCCAUCUGAACUAAAAGAAUUAAAUAAUCUUGAAAAACAUUUAAUUGCUUUGAGAUUGCCAUUUAUGAAAAUUGUAAAUUUAACAUCAGGUAAAUUAUCAAAUAGAUUAUCACAAAAAGGUACUAAAGGACCACUUCAUUGUGUUCCAUCAGAUGUACAAGAUACUGUAACAGCAUUACCACGACCAGUUGAUAAGUCUAUGAUGGUUCGAUUACAAUUGAAACGACGACUAAAAUAUAAAGCUGUGUGGGAAGAACAAUUAAUAAAUCCAAAUGAUGUAAGAGAUGCUCUAUUUGUUUUAACUAGGAUGCAUCCGGGCUAUAGAAACAUCAAUAUAAAUGAUAUUAAUGAAAAUUAUCUUACAUCUGAUCAAGAAAAAGAGCAGGAAAAUAACACCGAGUCAGUAAUUGAACCAAUGGAUGUUGACACGAACGAAAAAGGACAUUUACUUGAAGAAACAGAAGUAUCUGAUAAAAAUCGUUUGAAAGCAUUAGCAUUAGGUGACAUUGAUACUAACACUAAUAAUGAUGAAGAAAUAGAUGACGAUGAUAAAGAUAUUCGUACUAAAUAUAAUAUUGGUACAGAUUCAUGUACUCAACCAUGUGAUUUUAACGAUUUUUUAGUGUUUGAUAAAGAGCCGUGUGUAGUAGCACCAGCUGAAAAAAAUAAAUUAAGUUCAUUAUUGACAGAUAAAACAAUUGAAGCAUUAGCCUUUCCUCAUUUAUUUCCAGAUGGUGAAGGCUCAUAUGAUGAAGAACGUGAAACAAAUCUAAAAUGGAAAGAAUAUUGUAAAGCACGUUUAUUUUCAUCUGAUUCUCGGUUUGCUGCCGAUUCAAGUUAUAUCUUUUAUCUACAGUAUUUAGGUGACUUGAAACAAGUAUACUCCGGAAUCAAUAUUGCUUUCCGAAAAAAACUACCAAUGAGUGCUAAACAAAGCUUGGAUGAAAUGCAAAUGAAAUUUCUUAUGAACAAAGAUAUGAUAUAUCGUCAUUUGCAAUGUGUUCGAGGUAGUCCACA